GUGAACAUGUCUUCCCCAACAACGACGGGACCAGGUGGGCAGGUGUCAGGCUCCCGCGCUCGGCGUCUGCAGUCGCGAGCGCCGGGUCUUCCUCUGCGCAAAGUCACUCUGUAUAAAAACGACCUCGCCCUCCACGAACGCGAAUGCAGUGGCCGUGGGUCUUGGACACUUCACGUUCCUAAUGCACGUGCGCCUUUAGUGCAAGAUACUCUGAGCUGUAGACUAGAACAGAGAGUUUCUGGGGACAGUGUUUUGUCAUCUUUAGAAGUACAGACGCCAUCUUCCAAUAACUCUUAAGGCUUAAUGAAUAACAUCUGAAUAAGCUUUUGAUUCUUAGAUAGUCAAGAGUCUUAUUUUGCACGAGAUGAAAAUAAUUAUUUCCAAAAGGUAAGCGUAAGGCAUGUUCUUGGCGGUCAUGCCGUCCAAGAUGGGGCAAGCACUACAAAGUGAAAGAUGCGAUCAUCGAAACAUCUCUUAUAUCAUGCAGAUGCCGUCGAACAAGACUACUUAUUACUAUAACUGUACGCUGGAGGUCUUCCUCGGUCCUCCAUGAUCUCAUUAUUAUUCAUUACAGAAUCAGUAUCUCUAUCUAGAUCUAUAAUAGAUAAGUUAGUUCUAAGACUCCAAGUCCGCGUAUCCGUAUUCCGUUAGUGUCCGUCAACGUGGUAAGAAGCAACCAUCCUAUCAACCUACGACGAGACGAGUGGGAGUGUUUGCCGUAAACGACAGACUUGGUGACUUUUUGGAGAGCUGUCGAGGAGCACAAGUGCAUAUUAGGAUUGGUGCAGGACAUGCUGAGGCUACCCUUCAGGGACGGUUGGCGGGAAGUGGAGGCGUAGGAGGAAGCGACGUGCAAGCAGCUAGGAGCCGGUUUACGACGACAGGUAAGCAGAGAAUAUGAUGAGACACUUGCAUUUUCAGUGAUAGACAAUUCUUGUUCUAAAAAAUUUUUUCACAUGCUAGUACGAGAACGAGGGGUUAGUAAGUAGUUUAAUUACAAUUGUGCGAGCACCCAACCUUUCUCUUUUCUAGGUGGGACCUCUGGUGGCAGAAGUGUGGCCCUGGAUAAAACUUAGUAAGUUUACUUACGUUCACUUUAAAUUCGCCCCUUCCUUUACUCCCCACUCAGACCGCUGGUCUUUGUGUUGUGUAGAAAAGCAGUCUACCAACUAGCCUUACUUCAACUACUUUAUUCUUAAAUUUAGAGCACAGGUGACUAUACGAACAAGAGCAGAUUGUCGACGCAGAUACUGACAGCCGAAGGACAACGUGAUCUUGACCAACAAGAAGAUAUAUUAAAGAUCAUUAAUUUGCUCACUCUUCAGGGAGUGGAACAAAUAUACCUGGAGGUAACGCGG